AUGGAGUUGUGCACACAAACCGUUGCAGCGGAUCAUGAAGUUAUAAUUACACGUCGCUCUGGUAGUCAUCAUCCUACUUUAUGGGGUGACCAUUUUCUUGCCUAUGCUGAUCUUCGGGGAGCCAAUGAAGGGGAAGAGAAGCAAAAUGAAGACCUAAAAGAAGAAGUGAGAAAGAUGCUAGUGAUGGCUCCUUCAAAGUCUUUGGAAAAACUUGAACUCAUCAACACAAUCCAAUGUCUUGGUUUAGGUUAUCAUUUUCAAAGUGAGAUUGAUGAAUCAUUGAGUUACAUGUACACUCAUUAUGAAGAAUAUUCGAUUGGUGAUCUUCAUGCUAUUGCUCUAUGCUUUCGAUUACUUAGGCAACAAGGUUAUUAUGUCUCAUGUGAUGCAUUUAAGAAGUUCACUAAUGACCAAGGAAAUUUCAAGGAAGAAUUGGUUAAGGAUGUAGAAGGAAUGUUGAGCUUAUAUGAGGCAGCACAAUUCAGAGUACAUGGAGAACAAAUUCUUGAUGAAGCACUAAAUUUCACCAUUGCUCAAUUGAAACAAAUUUUGCCUAAAUUGAGCAACUCCCAACUUGCACAACAAAUCACAAAUGCACUCAAGUAUCCAAUUAAAGAUGGCAUUGUGAGGGUAGAAACAAGAAAAUACAUAUCAUUUUACCAACAAAAUCAAAAUCACAAUGAAGUCUUACUAAACUUUGCCAAAUUAGACUUCAACAUCUUGCAAACAUUGCAUAAAAAGGAGCUAUCUGAUAUGACAAGGUGGUGGAAAAAGAUGGAACUAGUGAACACAUUACCUUAUGCAAGAGACAGAUUGGUAGAGUGUUACUUUUGGUGUUUAGGCACCUAUUUUGAGCCUCAGUAUAGCGUCGCAAGGAAAAUGUUGACAAAAAUUUCAUUCUAUAUUUCAAUUAUUGAUGACACAUAUGAUAUUUAUGGGAAACUAGAUGAACUUACUCUAUUCACUCAGGCAAUUGAAAGGUGGAAUAUUGAUGCUUCAGAACAGUUACCAUUAUAUAUGAAGAUUAUUUACCGUGAUCUUUUAGAUGUUUAUGAUGAAAUUGAGAAAGAGUUGGCAAAUGAAAACAAGUCAUUUUUAGUCAAUUAUUCCAUAAAUGAGAUGAAAAAGGUCGUAAGGGGUUACUUUCAAGAGGCAAAAUGGUAUUAUGGAAAGAAAGUACCAACAAUGGAGCAAUAUAUGAAGAAUGGAAUUUCAACAAGUGCUUACAUAUUGCUAACAACUACUUCUUGGUUAGCAAUGGGAAAUGUAGCAACUAAAGAUGCAUUUGAUUGGGUAGCAACUGAACCACCAAUAGUUGUUGCUUCUUGUUACAUUAUAAGAUUACUCAAUGAUCUUGUAUCACAUGAGGAAGAACAAAAACGAGGAAAUGCGGCUUCUGCUGUUGAAUGUUAUAUGAAUGAAUAUAGCGUUACAAAGGAAGAAGCACACAUAAAAAUAAGAGAUAUAAUAGAAAAUUAUUGGAAGGAUUUGAAUGAAGAAUACUUUAAAGUAGAUAUGAUUAUUAUACCAAGAGUUUUGCUCAUGUGUAUAAUUAAUCUUACAAGAGUGGCUGAGUUCAUAUAUAAAGAUGAAGAUGCUUAUACUUUCUCCAAAAAUAACUUGAAAGAUGUCAUCUCUGAUAUACUAGUUGAUCCUAUUAUAUAG